AAUUGCCAAGUAGGAAUACUCUGUGUGACUAUCUAAUCGCAGACCACAAGUUGCAUCACGAAAUUGUCAACUCAGUGGUUGUUGUACAUAGUAUUCCGCAGUAAAUCUUUUGAAGUGCGCGUUACACUAUCCCAUAGACUGUCAGGUGAUAUUUCGUCAAAGCAUUUACUGCGAUUGAGUUCGGAAAUUUAUUAGUGAUAUCAACUCUGUUAACAUACUCCAUACUGUGAUAAUGAAUCUUCCAUUAGCCCUUCGUAUUUCUUCGGACUUAUUGACGAUUAUUUUACUUCAUGGUGUUUAUUUUCUGAUCAAGUACUGUGGAAGUCAUAAAUGGAGUUUCUUCUGUGAUGAUUGGAGUAUCAAAUAUCCAUAUAAAGACAAUACUAUAACUGAUGUAGUAGUAACUGUAGUUAGUUAUCUCACGCCACUUGUUACAAUUUUCUUAGUUGAGAUAAUCACUGCUGUACUGAAGAAACGUACUGAAAAUAAAAAUUAUUCAAUUAAAGGUUCUUUACCAUUUAUCUAUGAUUUCUGUGUUGCCGCCCUUAUAUCUCUUGGAACAACGUUUUUUCUAACUACAAUUACAAAAUACAAUCUUGGCCGGUUGAGGCCACAUUUUUGGGAUAUUUGCCAACCAAAUGUUCCUGUAAAUUGUACUGGUUUGCAGACAACGUAUACAUGUCAGGGUACAAAUUCAAAGUUGAUUGCUGAUGUAUUUUUGUCAUUCAUGUCAGGCCAUGCAUCAACAGCUUCUGCUAGUUUAUUCUUCACUGUGAUUUAUUUACAGGCUCGACUGCAUCUACCUGUAAUACCUUUCCUACGACCAUUUCUACAAUACGUUCUGCUUUCUGUUUUGUUUUACAUAUGCGCCACACGUGUAACUGAUCAUUAUCAUCAUCCAACAGAUGUAUUAGCUGGAGCUAUAUUAGGUCUUUUGACUUCUGUCUUCGCCUUUUUUUGGUAUUUGGGUAACGUGUUCAGUCAAAACGAAGGUGUUAAAACAUCUCCCUAAUAAGCUGAUGCUGCAGUUCAGGAUACCGCUUCCGGUCAUUGGCUACAAAAAAAAUUGGAAGUGGAGUUACUUCUUUUCCUUUAACAAAGAUUUUGAUGACCGUAACUUCGUGAUGCAUAUCCCUUUAUAAGUAGUAAAAUUCCUGCUUACUUGUUCUAUAAAUUCCUUUUUUUAUUCCAUACCUAGACUAAUUUACUACUUUGAUCAGUUUCAAUUUUUUAACGUUAAAUAAAUGGUGUAUGUUCGUUUUUAUUGUUGAGGUUGUUUGCGUGAGCGUUUAAAACAAUUAUGCAAGUGGUUAUAUAAUUGAUUCCUUUCGGAUUGUUUUAUCCAUGGGGUUUUCUGUUCCCUGAAUAAUAAAAAUUCAGUAUACCCUUCGUCCAUA